CCGUUCAUAAAAUCUAAUCCUACGGUGAGGAUAUCCAGAUUUCUCUCUCAGUCUCAAUCUCUCUCGAGCGGACGCUCUUCCAAAAUCUCUAACUCUCCAUCUCCAUCUCCAUCUCCAUCUCCAUCUCCAUCUCUCUCAGUCUCCAUCUCUCUUAAUCGCCACCUCUCUCAAUGUCAGUCUCACCGCGACCACAACCACCGAGAGAGGAAGAAGAAGAAAUAGGCUGGUGGUGGUUUGUGGAACGUGACGGCGAUUCGCGACGGUCUCAGUCGUCGCCUCGUUUCUGUCGUAACCUCGUCUCCGCCAGUUUCCUAUCUCUGUCUUUCGCUAGAGAUGGUAUGCAGAGGAAAGAUUGGCUCUGUCUUGUUUCUGUCCAUUGUGACUGUUGGUUGCUCACUGUUUCUUUCUGCUUUGGUGCUCGCCUUAACGUAACGAGAGAGCAUUACAUAUGCUUAAUCGGCAUCUUGAGCAAGACUUGUGAUACAUGGAAGAUAUGGAGAUUAGUUGAAAAAGUGAUGGUGAGCACUAACCAUAACAUUCCUCGUUCUAUAUGGGUGGCAGUGCUUCAAAUAACAGAGUAUCUGCUUGGAAGUGUGAAGACUGCACAUCCUCAACUGUUAUAUGAGACCAUGAUAUAUAGGGGUUUGUUCAAGAUGGAAGUAUGCAAACAUGUCCACGAUAUCUUAUUAUUAUUAUUUUUUUUUUGAGGCUUCUUUCUAUAUUUUGUAAAUAAAUAUUGUGUCUUCACUGUAUAUAAAGAAAAAUAAAAUCUAACCUUUAAUUUUA